AGGUCAAGUCGCGCAAUGCAUGAUGGGAAGAAUAUUGCUAAACGAACCGAGCGCGUAGUGCGUACCGGUGUCAAGUAGUGGAACGCGCGGCAAUUAGUAGACGUGUAUUGUGACAAUUAAUUAGAACAAAACGGUGUGUAGGAUGUUUAACCGGUCGUAAAUGGUGGUUCGAGAAACAAUCGACGAGGACAAAUAUCGGUUGCUGCUUGUUCAUCAUGUAAGAUUCACGGAAGAUUAUCACACGUGAUAACACUUCUAAGGUUAGAAUAUAGUAUAUUAGAAAAGAAAACUCAAUAUGAAUGAAGUUCUGGAUGAAAACUUCGAAGAGUUUUAUCCUGAAUUAGAGAAACUUAUAAACAAUGCAUCCUUUAUUGCUAUCGAUACGGAAUUAACGGGUAUAAGCACGGAUAAUGAUGUGAAAUAUAGUCUUUUUGAUUCUUUGGACGUGCGCUACAAGAAAUUGAAGAACACCAUUGAAAACUUUUCAAUAAUUCAAUUUGGCAUCUCAGUGUUUCAUCAUGUCCCUGACAUAAAUUUUUAUGAUGCACAGUGUUUCAAUUUUUAUUUACUACCACGAGCUUUGCCACUCACAAACAACCAAAUCACCUGGCAAGUGGGUGCAUUAGAGUUCUUGUCCAAGCACAAUUUUGAUUUCAAUAAGCUUGUGAAUCAUGCUAUUCCAUAUCUCAAUGAGUCGGAUGAAAAGAAUUUCAAACAAUACAUAGAGAAGAGUAGUUCAUUAGAUAAAUUAAAGCAUCUGUCGUAUGAAGAUGAAACUAAUUUCAGAGAAUGUAUCAGUAAAACUACCGAUUGGAUUUAUAAUGAUGUACAUCAAACUUCUUUUGAAUUGGAAGUUGAGGAUCCUAUUGUACAGUAUUUAAUCCGAAAAAGAUUAAAUGAUUAUGAUAACAUUAGAACAACAUCUGGGUAUAAAAGAAUAAUUGUUGAAAGGAUAUCAUCAAAGAACACAUGUGAUGUUUCAGAAAAGGAAGAUAGUAACUGCUUGGAACAAGCACUGUUAGAUUCAUAUGUAGGCUUUUCUAAAGUGUUCAAACUAUUGUGUUCCUCAAAGAAACCAAUAAUUGGUCAUAAUGUACUUUUUGAUUUAAUGUUCACCUAUCAACAGUUCUACAAACCAUUGCCAGACUCUUAUACUGAAUUCAAAAGUAACGUACACUCGUUAUUUCCACAAAUAUAUGACACAAAGUUCAUAAGUACCGAAUUGCGGAGACUGUAUAUAAAAGAAGUCAACUGGAAACUGAGUUCGUUAGAUGCUGUAUACGAGUUUUUUACCUUAAAACAGGGAAAGUAUCUAACGUUAAACUCACCAACUGUGAAUUUAAGGCUUAAAUCUUUAGACGAAAAAUAUUAUCACCAUGCAGGAUGGGAUGCUUACUUCGCCGGUUACAUAUUUAUAAAAUUGGGUCACGUGUUUGGUGUGAAAAUAUAUGGAAGCGGUUUAGAAGAAAGACCGAUAACGCAUUCGGAGUUGAUGAGCAGCGUGAAGAAUUAUGUAAAUUCCGUAAACGUGUCGAGAAGCAAUGAAAUGUGUAUGAAACUGGACGGAGACGAUCCACUGUACUCGAAACCAGAGUGGCUUCACGUGAAAUUAAAAUCAGCAUCGAUCGAUACGAAACAGCUGGUCGAGAGACUCUCAUCGUUUGGCCAAGUGGAUAUAAUGCCAUUCGCACGGAAACGUGUUCUGGUAGCUGUAUCGAAUCAGAAGAGAAACUCGAUCGCUUCGUUGAACAACUCCGCAAGUGAUAACAAAUGUACGCAAAUACUUCAAAGACACCAUAGUUCGUUCAUUUCGAGUAAAAUAAAUUUAAACUCUAUCGAGAACAAAUAUGCCCGGUGUUGGCCGUCAUACUGACACGAAACACUCUCGCUGAAAUCCGUAUAUUUCAUACUGCACAUCACAGUAUUCGGGUUAACAAAACAAUGAAGCGAGAUUAAAGGGAGACCAGCGGAUACGGUAAAUCUCUGGUUGAUUUUUAAACAAGCUCGAAAUCCAUCGCGACAAUCUCGUGCGUAUAUAUAAAAUGCGAAAUCAAAACGGUUCACUUUGUUUCCCCUGUUAUAAUCUUACCUUACGCAUCGAGCAAGUAUAAUUAGGUAUUAAGUACGCAGUUGGUAUUUUAGUAUGAAGCUGCUUCGAAGUAAGGUGCCGGAACUAUUUUGGAUCUUAUCCAAGGGCAACCGCGUAUACUCAUCAUUGCAGUUACAAAAUGUAAUAUCGAUGCACGUGAUUUUGUACGUGCCACGUAACCGUUGGCAUUUUCAUUUUGACCAAAAUUUAUUCCUCUCCACUUAUAGGGAUAUUGUUCUGAUUAAUUAUUGAACGUAUUCUAUUGUACUUUGUGUUUCAUUUUAAUUAUUCAUGUGAAGUGUGAAGGGUUUAAACGCGUCUCUAAGGAUAUCUAUAAAAUUUGAAAUUUCAAAAAGAAUUCUAACAUUAGUUUCUUACCCUUGAUUUUAUAUUAAUUUUCAUUCUAAAAUCCUCGUUCCAGUAGUCGGUAUAUUGAUUCAAAACGAGAUCGAAUAAGUGUGCGAGAUUUUUUUUUUGACGGACCGUAACGAGACCAAUAUAGCAUUACCAGGAAUCAGAUUAAUUAUAAUCGUACGUCUUGACAGUGGAGGAUCAGCAAGAAAACUAUAAAUAUCGACGGAAAAGGUGAACGACCUGAGAUCCCGUGAAAAUUAUUCAGACUGCUAAUGGCCUUGCAUCAAUGUUCUCAACGCGCGUUAAGUUUUUACUGCCUAUCUCGAAAGCUCUAUAUUUCCCGGAUACUUAGAGAUUCUUUGACGAGCUAUGAAUCACAUAGAAAAUUAAUGGUGUAUCGACGGGUAUAAAAACGUUAACGAGCAAGCGACCCUCGCGUUUCGUUUAUUUCACCGGAACGAUUCAGACGAACAAUCGGUCGCGUUUUCUUAAUUCAGACAGGUUGGAAUCACAAACCUCGGUUUCAGUAUCGGUUUCGCGCGGAUCCAUUAGAAUCCGUUUAUCUUUCGUUCGACGAGCUGUCGAAGCAAUGAGCACUUACAUAAGAACUAUCCGACCGGUUAGAUCGUUGCAUCUGUCCGGCUCGAAACCGUAAAUUUCGUCGCGUUCUGGCAUUUAUCGUUCCAUUAACUACUUAACAACUAUCUCGUCGAGAAAUCGUUGAGAACAAUAAUUUAUAGCGUUGGGUACAGCUAGGUGUUAAAAUUGCUUUUACGAAAAUAAGCGGAGUGUUCAAAUUUUUCAAUUGAAAUACUUACGCUAUUUUAUAAUAAUAAAAAGAAUGAUGUUGAUACUGAUGAUCGUUCGAUAAGAGCGCGUUGAAACGAUAGAUUUCGCGUUAGGAAUACAAACGGAAGCAUUCAACCCGCGAUUUUGUUCAGGCUGAUCGCGAAGGGUAAGCAAAUCAGCUGACUUCAUCGUUCCUGAAUUAGAUCGAAAUGAAUUAUCCGGUGGCGGGCUGCUAUCAAGUAUACAUUUUCACGAGCGUGAUGCAUUUUCUUUCGAACCGUCCAGCAUUUUCACUCGCGGCUUAACCAACCUGCUCGUACGUUAUACGCGUCAGAUUUUCUUCUUUGCCUGGCGUUCUUCCAAAGCUUGCGUGUAUCGGUUUCUACCAGCGAAUAAACUGUUCUAUCGACGCGUGGAUCGAAUCGUUCGAAUUCAUCCGAUCAAUUAACGCAUUAUUCGCGAGCCGCGUAAUUAACUAUAUCUUUCGAUCUACGUGGUUAAUUAACCGAUUCUCGAUUACUCGUGAAAAUCAUCCUUUCUCCGGCAUCGAGGAAUUUGUGUCAGGAAAAUUGUGUGUUCCCUGUUUAAAAAAUUCAAUUAAACGAUUGGAAAUAUGAUAAAAUAAGACUUUGUGUUAUUGGGUUACGUGCAUACAGUGUGAAACGUUUUUUUAGUUGAACAUUAACGUAGCCAAACGGUUAAGCAUCGAUGUAAACCAGCCUCUAUUGCACGCCGUGAUCGAUACGAAAUUAUUUUUACCCAUGUAUAUUAUUAAUGCGUUAUAA